CGCCGGUUCUAGUGAGUCAUCGGCUCUUAGACAUUUGGCUCAGUAGGACUUGCACAUCGUCAAUCCUUCAUUUGCUACCGGAUAUAUUUGGAACCAAUACUUUUUCUCUAAUUGCCUGACAGGAUUGAGAUGUUACAUUUUAGGUGUUCGGCAGUGCUUAAGGAGUUGUUUGAAGUCACCCUCAAGCGUCCCUUGCCCGGCUCUAGACAGAGAAGCUGGUUCCCAGCCCGCCACCGCUGCUUCGGCACCGCCUCCGCUGAUGCUCGAGCUGUGUCUGCCCAACUGAAGGCUCUCCAUGCCGCCAAGCGACGCCCGGCUCUCCGCACCGCUCCCACCGCCGCAUUCCGCUCGUACUGCACGAAAACUGAAGGCGCCGUGGUGCUGGACGAACAGCUAAAGAAGGAUGGAGUCAGCAGCGAAGCGGACAGUGACAAGAGACGAAAUGCAGGUAUCCUUCCCAGUCUGGAGGAUUUACUGUUCUAUACAGUUGCAGAAGGUCAAGAGAAGAUUCCUGCUCACAAAUUUCUCACAGCACUUAAAGCCACAGGGCUUCGCACCGGUGACCCUCGGCUGAAGGAAUGCAUGGAAACACUUAAAGAAACCCUGAAGAAUACAUCGGAUGGCGUCACACUGGACAGGCACCUAUUCAAGAAGUGUGUCCAGAGCAACAUUGUCCUGCUCACUCAGGCCUUCCGCAAGAAGUUCGUCAUCCCAGACUUCCAGUCGUUCACCUCCCAUAUCGAUGAGCUGUAUGAGAGUGCCAGAGAUCUCUCUGGAGGACAGGUCGCAGACUACAUUCCUCAGCUCGCUAAGUUCAGCCCAGACCUGUGGGCUGUCUCUCUGUGCACAGUCGAUGGACAGAGACAUACAGUAGGAGACACCAAGGUCCCCUUCUGUCUUCAGUCCUGUGUGAAGCCUCUGAAAUACGCUGUUGCUGUUCAUGACCAUGGCACAGAGUAUGUGCACAGUUUCAUCGGAAAGGAACCCAGUGGCCUGCGCUUUAAUAAGCUCUUUCUUAAUGAAGAUGAUAAGCCCCACAACCCCAUGGUGAAUGCUGGCGCUAUUGUUUGUACUUCACUGAUAAAGCAAGGUGAAGGAAACGCAGAAAAGUUUGACUACGUCAUGAACUUUCUGAAAAUGAUGGCGGGAAAUGAGUAUGUGGGUUUCAGCAAUGCCACAUUCCAGUCCGAGCGUGAAUCAGGUGACAGGAACUUUGCCAUCGGUUACUACCUGAAAGAAAAAAAGUGUUUCCCCGAAGGCACCGACAUGACAUCUGUACUCGACUUCUACUUUCAAUUAUGCUCCAUUGAAGUGACCUGUGAGAGUGCUAGUGUCAUGGCAGCAACCCUGGCUAAUGGUGGUAUCUGCCCAAUCACGGGCGAGCGUGUUUUGAGCCCAGAGGCGGUGAGGAACACCCUGAGCCUCAUGCACUCCUGUGGCAUGUACGACUUUUCAGGACAGUUCGCCUUCCACGUUGGCUUACCAGCCAAGUCUGGAGUAUCAGGCGGUAUCCUGCUGGUUGUACCCAACGUGAUGGGUAUCAUGUGCUGGUCGCCUCCACUGGACAAGUUGGGAAACUCAGUCAGAGGAAUACAGUUCUGCACGGACCUUGUUGAGCUUUUUAACUUCCAUAACUAUGACAACCUGAGGCACUUUGCCAAGAAGCAUGACCCUCGCAGAGAAGGAGGAGACCAGAGGCAGCACUCCUUCGGACCCAUGGAUUACGAGAGUCUCCAACAAGAGCUAGCUCUGAAAGCUCCUCUUUGGAAAAAGGUUUCUCCUACUGAGUCGCACCAGGACAGCUCCACCACUGUAGUCUAUAGGAUGGACAAGGUCGGCGAGUGCAACUAAAAAAACAAACCAAGGAGAUCAGCCUGCCCCCCACACACACACACACCCCCACCCUCACCUGAUCGUCACCUAUUCCCCACCACGCCCCCCCUUCUGCCACGCCGUUGACUAUUUAUAUAAAUUAUGUAGAGGAUUAUUUAUUGCUUGUGAAGCGGUUACUGUGGGGACAGUCUGGGAAGUGUUUUUGUUUUUAUGUGUGACGAGGAAAAUAUGGGAUGAGCUCCUCAUUGUUUGUCUUUUCCUCUGAAUUCCAAAUGAACUGUUAAUUUCAGCCCGCUUGCUGCCUCAGCAUGUGUAGGAUGUGAUGUACAGUGUACAGAAUGAGCUGCUCUCUCUUUAUUUCUACUCCUUAAUCACAUAUUUCUUGUAAAAUUCAUGGCUGAUUUUAAGUAGAAUUUUUAAUUUGCGUGUUUGCGGAUGUUGAGAUUACUUCUGAAGAAUAACUGUAGCUCACACUGAAGCUCCAACUCCCAAGUUAUAUCAGCACAUAAAUGGAGCUGGAGGGUGCCCUGUAGUCCAGUGAUGAAUACAGUGGUAGGGCUAUAUGUGUGUGAGAGUUUUGGAGGAUAUACUUAACAUAUUGGAGAGCUGUGAAUGCCUUGGUUUGUGUGCUGCAGCGUCUCAGCUCACAUCAUGAGUCAUGUACUCAUUUUAAAAUGAGCUCUAAAGGGACCUUAAACUACUUUUCAGGUGUUAUGCCUUUAAAAAUCUAUAUGCUGAACCUAGGAGUGGGCGAUAUAGACCAAAAAAUCACCUCUUGAUAAUUUCAAUAUAUUUUUUAUACCGAUGUACUAUAAAGAGAAGAGGAGCCAUUUGGUAGCUAUCAGCAUGGGAACACAAUAAACAAGCAAAAAAAAAACUAAAAUUACCCAGGACAGAUUUGAUAUAAAUGAAUGUACAAUCCUGUUGCAAAAAUUAAAAAGAGAAGUUAUGAAUAAUGACAAGUACCAAUGAAAGUGCACUCGUCCAAUUUCACACAUUCAUAAACUGGAUCAUUGUUAUAUAAUUACAGCAGGCCUAGUCACAAGAACAGUUUGAUUUAUCAAAACAAAGGAGGAAGUACAUGACACCUGAAUGUACACCCUAUGAUACAUAAAGCCAGUCUUACAGUACCUUAAAGAAAGUGUCAUUCAGUACACAUCACAUUUUCAUGAAAUGUUGAAACAAAAACAUCAGGUAUUUGUCUUAAAAUACAUUUCAAAUCACAUGAAAAUAUAGCCAACAACACAGACAGAGAAAGUGCUCUCCACUGUUAAAAUACAUCAGUUAACUGUAUCUUACAAGUGUAGGUUUCCACACAGUCUUUCUGAGCUCAUCAUUGGAGAGUUCUCUGCCAGACUUGCUCUCCAUUUCUAAAGUGAAGAUGUUCCUAUUGAAAUAUUUUUAGCCUUCACUGCUUGAUUUCUUCAGUGUUAGCAGAGGCUGAAGUAGACUAACUGAUCAUUUCUAGUGCUGACAGACUUAAAUCACUCUGGAUUUAAAUAGACUUGCUAGUCCAGAAGCACUGAUGCCACAUUAAUGCUGCCGAUGAUGCAGUAUUCUGUAAAAUGUCCUAUUUACACUUGAACUUACUUUGACUUAUUGUUGCCCCUUCUCCACUGACAUGGAAGAGGUGCUGUUCUGGUUUGCAAAUCUAAUUUUGAGCAAAAAAAAAUUUAUGAUAGGUUGCCCUUGACUUGAGGUGUAACCUGCUGUGGAUGUGUCAUUUUCUGUAGGUUGGGAAGAGAGGAUAGAGAUUUCAGGUUUCAGUGGGAAAAAUGUGCAGUAACUGCUGAGCUUCCUGCUGUUUUCGUAUCUAAUGACUUUAAGGAAAAGCUACAAAGUAGCACACGAAGGAGCAAGCAAACUGGUUGAACACAAUAAUGAAUGAUAAACUAAAAUAAACUUAAGGUUUUCUUAGGCUGAAAGUGAAAAACAAACACAACCUUGAUUAGAAUUAUUCCAUGCAAAACCUCUAGAAACAGGUGCUUUGUCAGAUGGCAGUCCUGCACAGGACUGGUUCAGGGAACAAAUUCGGUGCAAAAAGCCUUUAUGAGAAGGGGAGUACAAUAAUAUCCUCAAAGUCAGUCAAAAAUUACAUGACAGUAUGUACUCUGUUUUCAUAACAUAACCACAUAGACUAAACCCACAUUGACUAAACCAUGAUACAGUGACAUUCGUCAUAUCGCCGACCCCUAGCAGGACAAAUCACUAAACUGAGGGCUUGUUUCAGUUGCUCCCAUUGAAGUUUCUCCACCUCUGGUUAUAUGGUCUGAGAGUCCAGGACCUGACUGCAAAUGCAUCCUUUUAUGUGACCAUGCUACUCUGCACAAUAUACAAGCACCUGUUAUAUCUGUCUGUAGGUGGUGAUGUUCUCAAAGACAUGCCUACAGACAUCCUGACCCAAAUGUUGGUGUCUGGGAAAUGAGAUUAGAAGGGACUCUUAAUUGGGGGCACUUUUUUAAAAAAAUAAUGCAUGUUUCAGACCUUAAAAUUUAUCAUUUAUUUUUAUUGAAGUAGACCUUUCUUAAUGCCUUUAAAGCAAUAGAAUGCACACACAAGUAGUUAUUUGACAGGAGUCCAGGUGCUGGGACGGUUCCCCUUCCUUGACUUCAGCUUAUACUAUCGGUGUGUGGACCGUCGUUUGGGCUGCUAAAUGCUGGGUUGUUUCACCAACUGAAUGCACAUAAAUCAGUUUUGUCUGCUGACAGGAACCAGAACACUGGAGUGCAGAAAUGCCAAAGAUUUAGUUAAGGUCAUUUUAGACGAUGACAUUAGUGUUUUCAGCUGUAAAAUGUCCUGCUCAGUAGUUCCAUUCAACACAGUUCUUCAGAAACACUCAUCAGUGUUUGUCAUGCUCUUAUGUAAACGAAACAACCAACCAAAAACCCCAGGACAGACGUGAAAGGUCUUGACAGUCUUUGUGCAUCUGCUUGGGUUCACAGUCAACGGCUCAGUGGGCUGCUGCAGCGCGAUGUAUAUGUGUGUGUGUGUGUGUGUGUGUGUGUGUGUUUGUGGGGGUGAGUGAGUGGUGUGCAUGUUUGUCGAGGUGAGGGAUAUGAUGUCAGCUGAGGGGAGUGGUGUGUGCUUAUUGUUGCAUCCACCAGUUGCAGCCUCCCAUAUGCUCAGUUCAGCCCUCAUCCAACCUUUUAUGUCUAAGAUAAGAGUACUGUUUAUCCAGGCUGCUAUCCAAAACCAUCGCAGUGCACUGCAAAACACAUUUGCAAGGCCUCUACAUAUGAGUUUCAGUUGUGUUUUGGCUUUAAGCUAAACACAGAACCUCCAAGACAUUCUCUUUCACACGAAGUCUAAUACAUACAUUUUGGCCGUACUUUGGUUCUGUUAUAACGCUUUUGACUUUUUGACGGGUUGGUGUUAACAGAAAAAGAGCAAUUUCUAAGAUUAUGGUUCGAAAAAUUAACCAACACAGUACAUUAAUAUCUUUGACAUAACAUCAGAAAAAGUGCCAACUUGGGCAAAAGAAAAUCUGUGAUCAGAUAUAUAAUCCAGUGGACUUCUCCUUUUAGUCAGAUGUUUGUCUUUUCUCUGCUGAUGACAUCGUCAGUUUAUUCUUCACCUUGUAUACAGCAACUAAAAAGACCAUUUCAGUUCAAGGUCCACCUAGUCUGCAGCUUUAGGAUUUUAUCAUAUCAGGACAUGGCCCAGUUUGUCUUAUUUGGAACACAGACCAAAUGUGUUUGUAGACUUUCAGCUGAGAUUCUUUGACAACAUUUUAUUAAUUUAGGUAAAAUCCUGUAUACAUGUGUUCAGAAAAUGUAUUUUUUUAUCGCGAGGGAGAUAUCUUAAGGUAAAGGUACUAAAAAAAAAAGGAAAAAUUUAAAACAUUAAAAAAACUACUGUAGAUGGAAGAGAUAAUGCAUUCUUAAUUUCUACAGUGCAACAGUAUUUUGGGGAAAUGAACUUCACACAACACACUCAGUAUUGUUGUUAAUGACCUUCGUGUUACUGUUCUCAUGAGGUUCAGCAAACCUUCUUCCAUCUACACAACCUCCUGUGCUAAUGAAUGUACAUAAAUGCAGGUGUAUAUAGCUUUUAGAGGAGUGUGUGUUAAGGACUGCUUAUUCUAUGUGUGUGGGGGAUAUAUAUACACUUUAGGUGGUCCAGUUUACUGUGAUCAUCUCCUCCAGGAAAUAGAGAUACUUGCACAUGAGUGAAUGUCAAGUCCACAGAUGCCUUAGACAGAGGGAUGUUUGAUGUGAUUGGGACAUUUGACAGUGGGUUUGUCAGUAGCUCAAAGCUGCCAGAGCCAAUCAUACCCAGGUUCCACCUUGUCAUGGUGGUUGUGUGUGUUUUGUUUUUUUUUGUUUUUGCCCCCCCCCCCCCAAAGUCUCGGAUUUCUUGUUUUUGUUGUUUGAAGGUAUGCGGUAUUCAAAAGCCUCUGUCAUCACUAAUGGUCCUUUUAUUUUAUCAUCAAACUGUAAACCAAUGUUUUCUUCUUUUUUUUUUUUUUUUUUUACUGUUUCAGUAGUGGAUCUUGGUGCUGUAGUGGAUGGUUUUCAGACCCGCACUGUUGAGUUUGGUUCGUUUUCCCAUUUGUGUUAGAACGCGUUAACUCAGAUGCUGACCUGUUAUCCCACCAACAACUGUUAAAUGGAAAUGGUGCCCUUGAGUUCCUGUAGAGGUGGGAACAUAACCCUUACUAUAAUAUAAAAUGAUUAUAAUACUCUGACUGCACACAUUACUGUCAGUACAAACCCAGAAUGUUAGCCAUCGAUUCUUCAUUGAAUGAGUAAUUCACAUCACAAACCUGACGAGUCUUGCGAUAAAUAAAAUUGUGAAAUACAAUGAAUGAGAACAAUCUUUACACUUGCCAUGAUUUUUCAUUUAACCAAUCAGAUGAAACAAUCAGAUACACUCACAUUUACAUUAUUAGUAUAUGGAACAAUGCUGUCUGUCAUCACAGAUGCCUGACUGAAACAUAUAAUAGGUUAUCAAAAUAGCUGCUAGCACCAGCUUUCACCCAGUUCAACAUUUAUACUAGUCCUAUGUUGGACCAUCAGAAGCAGUGUGAUUUACAACAGCAGUGAGCCAGUUUUUAUUUUCAAAGGCAGUGGUUUCAAGAAAGCUAUUGCAGAACAGUGUCUCAUCCCAGGCUUUGACUCCAGCUCUGACCGGUGUGUGGUUUUUAGUGAAAGGCUCAGUCGUACAUCAGCGGAUCGAAAAGAAAAGAAAGGGAAAGGAAAGACCAGAGCUUUUCCUCCUAUGCUGUAAUAGGGAUGUGUUUUCACUUAUUGGCACAAAAUGGGAAAAUACUGUGUCUAUAAAUAACUCCAAGACUGGACCAGAUCAGUGUUGACAGGAGGAUUUAACCCUCUCACAACCAAUCAUGACUAUUCUUGUCUCAUCUGUCCCACUUAGCUUUGGGAAAUCAGGAUGUAAAGUAAUAGCUCCUUUGCAUGCAGGUUAAUGAGCGCCGUUGAGUUUGUAAUCCUCCAAUCACAUAAAUCAAACUCCUGACCAGGGGCUUUUGAAUGCCACAUCAGAUUUAUAUCAUUCAUAUCAUGUAUGUAAUAUGUCCUGGUGUAAUUUUUUUUCUCAUCCUUCCUCUUGCAUGCAUAUUUUUGUAUGAUUUAAAAAAUGUCUUCAAUUCCAUGUAAUCUGUAUGUUUUGUUUUAUUAUAUUUUACAUGUCUAUAUUUUUGUUCAGUAUGUCUUGGACAUAAAUUUUAUCCCAUAUGACAUGAAAUUUGGGUCUAAAUGAAACAAAUCAUGACAUUAUAUUCUGAUGACCUUGGAAUUGUAAAUGUUGUCCUCAUGUUUUGAUCUGAAGUGAGCUUUUUAUUUCUGUGCAGUUUUAGAAGCAGGUCUUUUGGCCAAAGAUUGACAAAGAAAAUUAAAGCAGCAUGUAAAAUCCUAACAAAAAUGGAUUCAAAAACACACAGUUCCAAGCUCAUCCCUGUCACACAUCAGUCUGUUUUGCUUUCUUUUCUUGUUCCAUGUGCUUGUAAAUCUGUAUGUGAAGGUAACUAAGACAUAAAACUGUCCUGUCUGCUCAGAGGAGAAAAUAUCCUGAACUUUCUCCCUCUCUAUCCUAUUGGUUUCUCUGACUAUAAUUUAACUGCAGACAUGACAGUGAACAUAUGAUUUAUUUGCCUUGGUGUCACUUGUAUAAAACCUAAUAAAGUACUGUUAUUCAUCAUCCAUA